AUGGAUUCCUUCGAUGUGGCCGCACUAGCAUCGGAGCCGCUGGUCGUGUUCUGCGUGGCCACGGCGGGCAAAGGCGAGUUCUGCGGCAAUGGCCGCAACAUGUUUGGCAAGCUUCAGGAGCGGAGCGAUCUGUCCCUCAGCGAGCUGAAGUACUGCAUUUUCGGCCUCGGUGACUCGCACUACUGGGGCAAGGGCACCGAGGAGUCAAAGUUUAACUUUGCUAAACCGGCACGUGACUUGGACGAUCUUCUCGAGAAGAUGGGGGCCCAGCGCAUGAUGCCCACGGGCUUCGGGGACGACCAGGACACUGACCAGUAUCACACUGGCUUCGCCGAGUGGAAGGGCCAGCUUUUCUCCCGUCUCGGGGUUGACAAGGCCGAUGCCGCCGGUGGUGGUGACGAUGGCCCAGUGAAGACUGACGAGCAGAUCAAGGUAGAGACCAAGCAGCUGCGUGGUAGCAUGAAGGAAAGCUUGGAUGAUGUCACCACCGGUCAGAUCCCCUUCCAGGACACCAAGCUGAUCAAGUCGCAUGGCAGCUACCAGCAGGAUGACCGUGACCUUCGCGAAGAACGGCAGAAGAUGGGCGUAGAGAAUGCUUUUUCCUUCAUGAUUCGUGUGCGCCUUCCUGGUGGCUUCUGCACAGCGGAGCAGUGGAUCGCCAUGGAUGACAUUUGCCAGAACUUCGCGAAUGGCACUUUGAAGAUCACCACGCGACAGACUUGGCAGGUGCAUGGAGUCUUGAAGCGCAAUGUGAAGGCUACGAUGCGCGCCAUGAACAAGGCCUGCAUGGACACGUUGGCUGCUUGCGGCGAUGUUUGCCGGAACGUGCUCUGCACCUCCCGACCGGAUGUAUGCUCCAAGGAGCUCCAUGCAGAGAUCCUGCACUACACGUACGAGAUUCACGACCACUGCCUGCCUCGACACUGGUCGAAUUGA